AUGCAUCUUAUGUACUAUCUCAACGACAAAGGAAAGCGAGUUUACACUCUGAAGGUAAGCUUAAGAACAGAUCAAACUUUUAUUAAGGUUUUUAACGACUUUUUUAACGUGAUUUCCAUCAAGUGCAUACAGCUGAGUUAGUUACUUUUAGUCCACGUGCGAGGAGAUCACUCAAAUCAUAAGUUUACUCUAUUCGCAAAAUGACUUGAAAACGAUUAUUCUUCUUUGAUUUGCAGAAGAUCGAUCCCUCAGGCCACCCGACAAAGUCUGCCCAUCCAGGUGUUGUCAUCUUUUCUCUUUUUUUGAAAUCGCAGCGCAUGGAAGAACGAACGUUUAGAAGCCAUUCUUGUCCCGUCUUGGGUAAAACCGGAUAAAGAAUGGCUUCUAAACCUGGAAACAGCGUUUACAUAGUAUAAUUCAGGAAGAAACCAGAACAUUUUGGAGUAAGAGCUAACGUUGACAUGGUUUGGCCAACUCUAGCGCACACUGUUGGGACCUCGAGUCUGAGUGUCCUCAUUAGAGAGAGUGGGAUUUAGCUGCUGUCUGUAUUAUCGGCGUGUCCAUUAUAGCGAGGUGUCCCCGAGAUACUUAGUGUACUGUUGCCUGCUAGUGGAUAUUUAGGUUACGUUGACACUGCACUGGAAAGCUUCGCUUCUGGCCGGCACAAAACCCAUACCGGCUAGGGGUUCUGCUCACACAUAAUUUCGGCAUGACUCCUGUAACAGAGUGACGCCGCACUGUGCCCAUCACUAAAGUGGAGACCCGAGAGUCGCAUUUUGGCUUAGCCUGCAAUUUACAGCAUGUCUCCUUGCUCGUUGCUGGUAGGGACGUUUCACAGGGAAGACGUCUGCACUGUAGCAACAGAAAUUUGAUACUGAUGAGGUAAAAUCAAUCCAGAACCUAGUCAGGAGCUCUGAUUGGCUGACGUUGUAGUUAUAUUGUUUUUGUUAUUGUUUACGAAGACAAAAGAUAAAAGACCAUAAAGGUCAAAUGUAAAUGUGAUGAAUCUAGUGCAAAAUAAUCAAUAUUCUUGCAAAUAUAUUCUCCUUAGGAGAGGCAUUCGAGUUUGCUGGAGCUUGUUUGCAGAAGAACACAGAACUUUACCAUAAUCGACCAGGAGAAAUAAAAAAUCAAACAAAUUUACAUUUGAAGCCCUACAAAAAUGGCUAUAUUUGGAUUGAUUAUGUAAACAUUUAAUUAUGUCAUCAGUAUGGAAUUUCUGUCACUGAAGCACAUGUACAGUCGAACCUCGAUUAUCCGGACUCGUUGGGACCAGACGAAAUAGUCCGGAUAAUCGAGGAUCCGGAUAAUAAAAAAAAUUAUAUGAAUAUUAAUGAAGGACAAAACUGAUUAAAUUGAGAAAUCGACUAUUAAUCGUGAAACAAGACUUUUACAAAUCGUUUGGGGGACCAGAAAUUGGAGUGCCAGAUGUUCGUUGCUGAAUAAACCAGACAUACAGGGCUUUAUCGAGCUCUACAGCAUGUUGCAGAUAUCAAAGAUCUGCUGCUUACUCAGGGGGUUCAUUAAGGGCCGGGCACGAGGCAAAUUGACCGGCUGUGAACACGACUUUGCCCGACUGCUUUAUUACAUCUCAAAGAACUUCUUUUUAAUACAAGGAAUGAUCAAAAACAGUUUUAAGUUACAAUCGUGCCCUUUUCUUGAUGAGUUUUAUCGAGUGUAAAACAUACUUUGCCAUGCAGUUUCCACUUUAUUACACGCGGCAUGAAAUCCCCUUGUUUGUUAUGUGUUAAAAAGAAGAAUCGCCCGAUAACACAUUGCGAAAAGAACUAUGCUUCAUAAACGACCACCUGAAAUGUAUCAGUGUUUCGAGCACGUGAGCAUGGCAGCCCAGAAAAGAAGGGAUUCGAUAGCAGAUUAUUUUUCGGCUUCAGCCAAAGGACCUCGAGUAGAGAAAAGGCCAAGAGGUGAGAAGACUUCUUUGUGAUUUAACCUUUUACUUGCCUAUAUAUAUUGAAUGGCUUAAUCAUCAUGUUCAACGAAGCGAAGCGUCAUUUGUUUUCGUUUUAUGGUUUACGCCAAUGAAUUAAUUUUCGGUGCAUUCACGUUAAAACAGUGCUCCUCCCGUCUAGUCAUUGAAAUUUUAAAGAUAAGUUGUUAAACUAAUACUUUUGUGAUUCAAAUCAUGAUUAAAUUAUUGUCUAGAAAAGUUAUCUUUUUUCGGUUGUUGAAAGUCAUUGUCUGCAUGUGCAGCUUCAAAAUGCAUUAAGACACAUCCCUGUGACUAUAGAAUUUCAAAAUUUUCCGGGGGAGCAUGCCCCUAGACCCCCCUAGGGAGCAAGGCCCUCCGGACCUUGCCAAUUCUUUGCCUGGGUGUCAAACUCAGUUGCCUUCCUGUUCAAAACCUUAAUGAACCCCCUGCUUACUUCUUCAUUAGUUACGACACUUGUGACCACUGCAUUUGCUGUUUGAAAGCAAAAAAACCUCGCAUUUGACUGCACUUUUCAAUGCUGUAGUUUUAAAAAGGAUAUGGCUACGGAUCUUGAUCGUGACUAAUAAUAUUCAUGUCCAAAUUUAGCCUCCCACGCAAACAUUCUUAGGGGUUCAUCACGCAAUCUUUCCUCCCCCACGAACCACGUUCGUGGGGGAGGAAAGAUUGCGUGACGAACCCCUAAGAACGUUUGCGUGGGAGGCUAGACCAAAUUGGGACCAGAGAAAAAGUCUGGAUAAUUGAGAAAUCCGGAUAAUCGAGGUCUGGAUGAUCGAGGUUCGACUGUACAGAUGUCUUGCAAAACUUCCCUGGAAGUCAGGAGCAAGGAGAGAUGGCUGUAUUUGCAGGCUAAUAACGGAUAGGUGUUCAUACUGGAUUGAAAUAUGGGGUGGCAAGGCAAGAGGGUUUCUCUACUAUACCAGACGGCUUUUCAUGUCACCACAAAGAGCUGUCCGGAAAAUGUGAACAUUGCCUUAGUUUACUAUAUCAGGGGCGGAUCUAGGGGGUGGGUGCAGGGGGUGCCCAACCCCCCCCUCUGACCUGUGGUUUUCUAAUACAACUGGUACUCUGCAAAAAAAAAAAAGAACUAUGUGGUUUAUUGGUGUUGAAGUAGAUAAGAGACGAGUGCACCCCCUCCUAAAAAAAAUUCUGGAUCCGCCCCUGUAUAUAGCGCAAUCUUCAUGCAUUAAUUUAUAACAUUGCUCCAGGUGGGCUUAACUUCGGAAUACAGUGUACUGUGAGCCACUGAAAUAUUCCCCAACAACUCCUGCUACCGCAGUCUGCCGUGCGCAUUGCUAUUAAUGUAAUAUACCUUAUUCUUUAAUCCACAAAUCUCAGUUAACAGUAGUAAAGAUAUAGUAAGCUUGUAUGAUGAAUGGCAGAAAGCUAUUUUGCUUUAAAGAAUACACCUCAUUCCAAAGUGGUGGCAAUAUUACUUUUUUAUGUAAUAUGUUUUGGAAUUAUGGCAUACUGCCUUCUGACAUCCCUUCGAGUCGCUUGCUCACUCAGUGACACUAAGUGAGUAAGUGACUCAGGGAUUUCGAAAAUUCAGGCUACUCCCUCCAUUAACAUUUGUGAUUGUUGUACCUCUGAAAAAUUGCUCUAUUUUGACGAGCUUAUAAGAGGCAACACUCCAGCUCUCAUUCAAUGGAAUGCACCAAGGCUGUGCUCUAACGAAAAUUGAAGGAAGCCCAGUGCUCUGAAAAUGUAAAAUCUAGAGUGCCCAGCAUAUGAUUUGUAUGAAAAAUCUGAGAUUUUCUAGUCUCCCGAGGGCAAAAGUUAGGUGCCAGGGGCCACCAGGCUCUGCCAGAGCUGCACCAAAGUUCUGCCUGCUUUUAAGUUUAGAACAAUCUGAUAUUAUUCAAGAUUAUCACUGCUACUUUUACAGUGAUCCAUGCUAUGGUGGUAAAAUACCUCUUUAAAACUAUGCCAAAACUCGGAGACAGAGCCUUUAUGGCUGUGGUUCUAAAGCUCUUGAAUAUUUUGGUCCAUGAUAUUAGAAAUACCACAGAUUUUACCUUAUUUAAACAAGUCUGUACUUUUUAAGCAAGCUUAUGGGUAAGGCUAGGAUAGUUCGUUAUUUGAUUUUAAUUCUUUGUAAGUACAUCAUAGACGGCUAAAUUUAUUUUUAUACCUUAGUUAUUCCAGUAUUUCAUUGCAAGGUACAUUUUAAAACUUUGCUGUAUACGUGAAGCUUAAACGCUCUUUUAACAAAGUUUUCUAUUUUCUAUUUUGAGAAAUUCACACUUGAAUCUGACGAUUGCCAUUUGCUGUAUACGUGAAGCUUAAACGCUCUUUUAACAAAUGGCAAUCGUCGGAUUCAAGUGUGAAUUUCUCAAAAUAGAAAAUGAGCAGAUAAAACCACCUCAAAACAAUUCUUAUGGACAAAAAAAAUUGCGUGAAACUGCCAGUUGCCAGUUUGUGUGUUGAAAUAAUGGCAAGUAAAGUGGAAACUUGCUCAUGUGACACAAAUUCGCAUUUGCCGUGAUGCGAAUGUGAUAAUUUGUGCAUUACAAACAAAUAUUUUCCUGCCAGCAGAGACCACUUCUUCCUGGUAUUUCAAUUUUGAAAUACAUAGAUAUUUUAAAAUGUUGGACACAGCCAUCAGCCAUUCACUAUGUUGUAUUUUUCAGCGCGCUUUUCACCAGAUGACAAGUAUUCCCGGCACAGAGUGACCCUAAAAAGAAGAUUUGGCAUCUUACCUACUCAACAACCGAAGCCUGUUUACUAA